AUGGCAACCACUACACACUACGACGCCAUCAUAAUAGGCUCGGGCCAAGGCGGUACUCCGCUUGCAAAGGCAUUGGCUGCUGCAAACAAGAAGACUGCACUCAUAGAAAAAGAACACCUUGGCGGUUGUUGCAUCAACGAAGGCUGUACGCCAACCAAGACUAUGAUUGCUUCAGGUCGCGUUGCGCAUUUAAUCCGCAGGGGGCCAGACUACGGUAUCCACUUACCAGGGCAAAUAGGGUCGAUGAAUGAGUUCACUGUUUCUAUGGAGAAAGUGAGGCAGCGAAAACGCGAUAUAGUGAGCUCCUUCCGCAGUGGAAGUGAAAAAGGCCUGGAAGCUGCUGGGGUUGAUGUUCUGCGAGGGGAGGCACGCUUUAACGAUGCGACCACCCUCAAAGUGAUGCUCCCCAAUGGGAGCUACAGACUUCUCAAGGGGGAAAAGAUCAUUGUUAAUAAAGCCAGGGUACUGGACUCCACAUCGAUUCAAGAGCUAGGUGAGCUGCCGGGACAUUUAGUGGUCAUCGGGGGUGGGUAUGUUGGAGUUGAGUUCGGCCAACUAUUCGCGAGACUUGGAUCAAAAGUGACAAUUGUUCAGCGAGGGCCACAGCUGCUGCCUCGUGAGGACAAAGAGAUAGCAGCUGAGCUGUUGGAUAUCCUGUGGGACGAGCAUUUGAAGAUUCAUCUGGGGGCCAGAGCCACAUCGAUUUCAUCUACAUCUAUGGAAACAUUUAGCUUAUCAGUGGAGACUCAAAGCGGCACUGAGAUUGUGAGCAACGGCACUCAUAUUCUCUUUGCUGCUGGUAGGGUUCCUAACACAGAUUACCUGAACACAGACGCUGCAGGAAUCGAAGUCGAUGUAAAAGGGUACAUCAAGUGCAACGAGUUUCUGGAGACUUCUGUCCCUUCUAUUUAUGCCAUCGGCGAUGUCAAGGGCCCUCCUGCUUUUACACAUAUAUCCUAUGAUGAUUUUCGGGUUUUGAAGGUUUCUCUACUCUCCGACUCUCUGGCACAUUCAGGACCCACUGUGAAAGACAGACUCGUGCCGUAUGUGGUAUAUACAGACCCACAACUAGGCCACGUUGGGUUGCAUGAGAGAGAGGCGCGCGAGCUGUACCCACGAAUGAGAAUAGCAACAGCGGUUAUGCCAAUGAGCUACGUUGCCAGGGCAUUAGAGACCGAUGAACCAAAAGGGAUGAUGAAAGCAGUGGUUAAUGCCAAUGAUGGGCAAAUUCUUGGCUUUACAUGUCUCGGCACGGAAGGUGGAGAGCUUAUGAGUAUCAUGGAGAUGGCUAUGAUUGCAAAACUUCCAUAUAGCAAAGUGCAAGAUGCUAUCUUCGCGCAUCCGACGUUUGCUGAAAGCCUGAAUAACCUCUGGGGAUUUUUGAAGUGA